AUGGACACCGAGGACGGCACCAUCUUCAUAAGGAACUUGGCCUACUUUGUACGCACACACGAGAAGGCACUCGCCAAUGCCCUUCAACUGCAACGGCAGAACCCCAAGAAUGGCCAGGCCAUCACCUCGCCCUCGUCGCCCAACGGCCCCGCGAGCCCUCCGACCGCCUCAUCUUCGAGUGUCUGGGCUGCCGCUCUGUCUCUGCCCUCCCUGACCUUCACUUCGCAGUCGAUCAAGCCUGCAAAGCUCACACUAACGCCUCACCAUCUUUUCUACAUUCUCUCCCGCUUCGAAGAUCUCAGCAUACCCGUUGGUCCCAUGAAUGUGCGAUUGGAGAACAUACACACUGACAACGCCCCUACCAACUAUGUCUCCUUUCUCGGGAGCGCUCAGCGCAACAAGACAAAGUCUUCCGACCGUGACUCCGUCCAUUCAGUGUCCAGUGUCCGCAGUGUCAUGUCAGGCAUGUCCUCACUUUGGUCCUCUUUCCGCAUCGGAUCUACCAGUGAAGCAAAGGCAGAGAAGCAAAAGGCCCAGUUGCAGGAAGACUUGAGAUAUCUGUACUCUGCCUUCACCAAGAUUCCUUGCCUCCGCCUCUCUCCUGACCACAAAGCUCGUCUUAUUUCAGGCUAUGAAGAGUUUCCCUUCGACACUGCGGUCCCCUUGUUCGCUUUCAAGAACGUUACUGCACUUGAGAUUCACGAUGUAGACUUUCGUCAAUUCUAUGGCUGGGACCGACUAGCUGAGAACCUACGCAGCCUCACCGUCAAGCGAGCAGGUGUUGAUGACCCCGCUGACCUACUCAUCAACGUCGUGUUGGAUGACAUGGACAAGCGUCGCAGGCGCUCGGCCAAGACCAAUACCUCUUCUGCCCCUUGGUCUGCUGCAAGCCCAACUGCGAAGCAUGCUCAAAUGGCUCGUUCAGACUCGCCUCCAUCAUCACCCACCGUUGGAGGCAAGCAAAGCACGAGUCCGAGGUCAGCCACUGCGACACGAGAGAGCUCUUCCAGGAGUGGCCAGCGACAGCGUAGUACAUCCCCAAACCGCCCGCCGAGUUCCCGCCAUGGUGCCUCCCAUGUCUAUGGCAGGAGCACCAACAGUGCACCAAACAUCCGCCGUUCAUCUGGAAGCUCCAGCUCCAGUGUGCGCUCUACAACCCCCAGGGGCAGUUCUUCCAACCUGCUUUCCCUGGGCUGGUUUCCAGCUACUAAAUGGCGGUUUCUCAGGCAUCUUAGCCUGGCUGACAAUGCUCUCACAAACAUAUCAGCUGCCAGCCUUGCUCCGUUGACAAACACACUACAGUCUCUUGACCUCUCAGCAAACCUUUUCGCCGAAAUUCCGGAUAGCCUUGCUACACUGACCUGUCUUCGUGCCCUCAACCUAUCUAAUUGCAUGAUUGACGGCCUACACUCCUUAGGACGUAAUCCGUUACCAGCCAUUACAACGCUCAACCUUCGAUCAAACCGCCUUACGUCGUUGGCCGGUGUUGAGCGACUACUGUCUCUGGAGCGCGUUGACUUUCGGGACAACAGAUUGACUGACCCGACCGAGGUGGCUCGACUCACCUGUGUGCCUGAUAUUACUGAUGUUUACGUCAACCGCAAUCCCUUCUGCAAGACGCACACCAACUACAGGGUCACCAUCUUCAAUCUCUUCCGCAAGACGCCGGGCUACACCGAGGACAUUGUCAUUGACUCUACAGGCCCUACCAGCGCGGAAAAGAAACUGCUCGUUGACCGGGUACCAGAAGUUCGUGGCGUUCCUAUUGUGAAGCCUCCACCCGAGGACGACACGCAACACUUGCCGCAUGUUCCUCCAAAGGUGGUCAAGGCCGUGGAUAGCCCAGCCGACCUGCCCGGUAUGCUUCAACGUGCGGGUUCACUCCAGCGUACAAAGAGUGGGCGCAGUGGGCAAGAAUCGCAAAAGAAGAAGAAGGGCCCCAAGAGACGAAUCGUUGAGCUUUCUCAAGCCGACUCUAUGCAAUCAUCGUCUCAGUCCAGUUUGACCGGUCUUGCAUACGAGGAUACCGCCAUCGGACAGGCCCCCAGGGUCAUGAAAUCUGUCAAGACUACAUCUGCCUCGGACACACCUCGGUUCGAGGAGCCGUCAGGGCAAACAUCGGGCGACCCUACCAAAAAGGACACAUCAGACGGACGUGCAGUUGCAGACGAGACCCACACGAGCCAUCAACAACUGCCACCCAUCGACACGUCGACUGCCAAGUCGUCCGACCCACAGUCUCCGGAGUUUGAUGUCAGCGAUGACCUAUACAAGAAGAAAAUUGAAGCUCUUCGACAGGAUUUCGGCAACACAUGGCUGAGCGCGCUAGGAGAUGAAAGUUGGGACACGACAUCAGUGACUAGCUUUCCAUCGGAUCGCGGAUACAACUCUCCUACUAUUCGACCGACACUGCCUCGUACCCCCAGCCAGAGUAUCGCCUCUGGCCGGACACUCGGCUAG